AUGGUGAUCUGUCGCAGUAGCUGCUUGUUUCUCGGAAGGUUGCGCGUGCGGACGCUCAAAUUCGUGUGCACCUCCGAACUGGGUCACCUUCGUCUGCAGCUCCUAGAAAAAGUCGAUGACGAGUUGAGGAACGGCAACGAGAGGGGGGCACUCUCACUUGUGAAGGAUUUGGAGGGCAAGAGUGGGGGUCUACGGUGCUUCGGUGCCGCUCGGCAGGUUCGUAAGCGGUUUCCUGUCUUAUUCUUUGAUGUGCUGAACCCUUAACUCGCCAUUGUUUCCAUUGACUUUUUCCUGCCGGCAAUCUGGUUGGAAUCUCUGUCCUUCCUGCAUUUUUUUACUUUGCCUCUCUGUUUGGAGUUUCUUUGAAAUAAAAUCCAUUUUCCUUAUUGCCGAUGCUUCAUCGAAAUCCGAACGGACAAUGAAAUGAAUCGUCACCAUUCAACAAGACAUGGAACAUUCUCCGUCGUGCAAAUUUUUCUGUUCUCUCAUUUCCCUUUUGAGAAGUUUUCUGGCCACCAUUUGCUCUACAGAAGAUGACAAUUCGAUUCACAUCGGAAAUCUGGGUUACCGAUAAUCAAAUUGUUUGGGCGUUUGCUUGAGGCUCUGGGCACAUGAAGAACUCAUACCCACUUGCCCAGGUUUUGUAUCGGUCUUCAUGAAGAUAUCCUUCUUUCUCCUGGGCGGCCAUUGAGAUCAUGCUCCUGGCUUUACCUUGCUAAUGACUAUCUGGUCAAUGCAAAGACUUUCGCACCAAUUCUUUUUUCCAAUGGUUGUGAUUUAGCUAGACUUUGUGGAGUUGCCAAGGAACUGCUUAGUGAGAGCGGAGGCUAUUUUAUCUUGCUUGGUUGCGUAGGCGAUGGUUAUGGAACCUUGACUUACAUACAUAGAUGACAUCAGUGACAGCAUCAUCUCGAAAUCCAAGAAUUGGUCUUCAGAGAGAACGUUAAUUCAGGUUUCCUCAUUCAACUUCUCGGAGGACAGCUGCUUUGGUGAAUGAGAGAGAAGCCUGGAGAAAACAACACCUUUUUAUGUGAUAAGAUGGGGCUUAGAUCUUCCUUGAUAUGCUGUCGUCGUGGAGUUGACUCUUUGGUGAUGGCUGGAGUCUAAAUUGUUGUCGCCCUUUUGGUUUCCUCAUCUGCCCAUUUCAUCUUUGGAGACUUGUCAAAGUCUUUGAGGAAAUUUCAUUGGAUGUCUGAACCAAGCUGAUGAUAUUCUUUGACGCAGCUCCUGAUCUCAUGCCACUUUUAGAAAUUAUUUUGCACGAUAUUACAGAGAGUGAUAUCUGGCAUGUCUGCUGGUAGGGAAAACGCCAAAGCUAGGUAUCCUCAGGCUUGGGAUAACGAUCAUGAUGAUGUUAUCUUUAUGAUACAAGUGAGAUGCAGUCUUUUUCCCAGGGUUUUUUUAAAUAUUAGUUGUUUGUCUUUGUGGGUUUCUGCACAUGGUGUCGAGUCUUUUGGUGUUAACGGAUUACUCUGUCUCUCUCUUAACUAGGGCUUUGUCAGAUAUUUGAGGUAUCUCACCUAACCUGUGUAGGUAUCCAUGACUGUUUCUCCUCCAGAUGAUUUAAUAAAAUGGCAUCAUUCGCACCACUGUUUUAUAAAUGCCAUCGGAUUCAAUCUGUGACUGUUCAGUCAGUCCUGUGACACGAAACUUUGUCUUAUUUUCUUAUGCCUAUAUAUAAUAUUUUUUAAUUUAUUUUCAUAAAUAGUUUUUUGAUUGUGCCAUUUCUCAUUUAAGGAGUGGAGCACCAAUUUCCUCAUUUUUAAAAUGAUAUUGUCAUGCAGGUGCCUCAGAGACUCUACUCAUUGGACGAACUAAAACUGAAUGGAAUCGAUACAUCAUGUUUCCUCUCGCCAGUGGAUGCCACUUUGGAUUCAAUAGAGAGAAUUUUUCAGAUUUCUGCUGUCUUGGGAGGGAUCUCAGCUUGGUUUGCGUUUGAUCUGACCCAACUCCAACUUUUAUUUUUCUCGGUGGGAUUACUUUUUUUGUGGUCUUGGGACUUGGUAAGUCAUCUCUGAUAUCCUAUUUUAUUGAAAUUACUUUUCCAUACUUCUUGUGGGUUUUGCCCGAUUUGGUAUAUCAAAAAGUUUAUUUUAAUAUGUAGUUCAUGAGGUAAUAUCCACUUGCUUUACUCCUGACAGUCCAAGCUUAGGACAAGGGGGUAAUAGGGAAAAACAACAAUUUAUUGAUAAAUUCGCACAAUUUAUUAAACCUUACUCUUUCUGGGUUUUAGUCUAUUUGACGUGUCACAAAAUUGAUUUUAACAUGUUAAUUAAUCAAACCGGUAACCACUUGCUUUGCUUCUGACAGUCCAAGAUUAGAACAAGGGCACGAGAGAGAAAAAUAUGGUGCUGAUGAAAUAAUUCUUUCGAUUGAAAAUGAGAAGACUGUCCAUCCUCAGAUUCUUUCUCGCUGUUAAUUCUAGGUUUUGAGAUUUAACUCGAAACACAUCAUGCAUUGAACAGUCCCAUGCUUUUAAGGAGCCUGACGCUUCUAUGGCAAUUAAUGUUCGCCAGGGCCAUUCUCAAGCCUUGUUAAGAUGAUGGGCAAUCUCAGGGAGGGCUGGGAUUGCCAACCCUAGGCAUUACCCACUUAACUAUGCAAAGGAAGGAAAAAAAAAAAGGUGGAAGAAGCUCUCGUCAUCUUCUGUCAUGAUGAAAUAUCUUUCUUCUUCAGGAAAAAAAUACAGAAUUUCCUUUUUGAACAAGAAAAAAUUAUCUCCUAUCCAUGAGGGGCUCGUCUGCUUGUUUCUUUGUUCUCACCUGCGCUUGCACUAAUUGAUGAACUGCUCUAGCAGUUCAUCAAAGUCUAAGUGACCUUAAAAUGUAUCUCCCCAUUUUCCUCAUGUUUUGUAAAAUUUCUCAGCCCUUUAAUAUUCAACCUGUUGUUCUUCACCCCCUCAGAGAGACUAAACACAACCGCACCCCAUCUAUUUAGUGUUGAGACCAAAUAUAUUCCGACUCCAUGUUGAUUUUUGUUACUUGUGAGGGGGCAUUUUUAAUAUGGCCCAGUCUUCCUUCUCCCCGUUAUUUUCUUUGUCCCAUAUCAGUGAUCUAGGUCUGGACGCCACUCUUUCAUGGGCAUAUUUUUCGUGGAAUUUUUAAGAAAUUAUUGUACCAGAAAUGACUGUAUGUACCUCAACUGCUCUGGCUUCAGGUUGCUUUUAAUGGGGGAGUGAAGAACUUGCUUCUUGAUACAAUCGGUCAUAACUUAAGCCGAAAAUAUCAUAACAGGGUCAUUCAGGUAAGACUGACUACCCGCUCAAAAGUUUUUCUAUGGGACGAUAUUGGUUCUUAAGGAGUCUGAGAAUCACUCCACUCCAUGUGCAGUGGAAAGCAUGAGAUCUGUAUUUUUUGGUUGAAUAUAUAUAUAUUUUUACUUAUAUGAAGUUAUUACUAAUAUGUAGAAAUCAUAUUCUUGGGAUUUUUAUAAUUUACAGAAAAUUGAUCCGAUUGGGAAUUUCUCUACAGCAUGAAGCUGGUCAUUUCCUAAUAGCCUAUUUGCUUGGAAUCCUUCCAAGGUCUUACACAUUGUCAAGUUUAGAAGCUUUGGUGAAGGAAGGGUCUCUCAAUGUACAGGCCGGGACUACUUUUGUCGAUUACGAGUUCCUUGAGGAGGUAUAUUUGAUCACUCCCCUGGCUAUCUCUCUCUCCCUCUCUCUCUCUCUCUCUCUCUCUCUCUCUCUCUCUCUCUCUCUCUCUCUCUCUCUCUCUCUCUCUCUCUCUCUCUCUCUCUCUCUCUCUCUCUAGUGAGUUCGCACGCACUCUUGGAUUGGCGGGUGUACAGAGGGCUGGAAAAAAAUCUCUCUCAUUCUCUCUAGUUGGGCAUAAUUGUUGUAAGCUUUCUAAUUUAUGUUUUUUUGUCAUGCAGGUCAAUUCUGGAAAAUUGUCUGCAUCAGUAAGCUCUCCUCUCUCUCUCUCUCUCUCACACACACACACACACACACACAAUAUACAUAUCUAUGUAUAUAUAUAGACCAUUCUCCCGAUUUGGUGCUUCUUGACUUGCCCAUUUAUAGAUGGAGGGAUGCCCUGAAUGGUGGGAUCUAAGCUACCUAUCUUAGGAACAUGGGAAUUAGAAUCUACAGGAUGCGCGCCAUUGACGGGUGAUGAUAUCUCCUGCUUCGCUGUCUUGUAGAUGCUGAACAGGUUCUCUUGCAUAGCGCUGGCAGGCGUCGCCACGGAGUUUCUCCUCUUCGGGCGGGCUGAGGGUGGACUUGCCGACAUCAAUAAGGUCAGGUCACUUUGAUUCAAAUCAACGCACUGCGUUGCAUGUGGACAGGUUCUCUUGCAUAGCGCUGUCUAUUCCCUGGAAAGAACCAGGCCCAUGCGUUGACCUUAAGAUCACAACAAUGCCCGCUGUGUAAUGUAACUCCACUCUCGUCUCUUCGGUUUCUCCUUUCAGUUGGAUGAACUACUCAAGGGGUUGGGGUUCACCCAGAAGAAGGCGGACUCCCAGGUCCGAUGGGCCGUGCUGAACACUGUGCUGAUCCUGCGCCGGCACGAGGCCGUCAGGUCGGCGCUGGCAGACGCCAUGUCUUCGGGCAAGCCCGUGGGCGCCUGCAUUGAGACCAUCGAGAGAGCCAUCGGCGAUUCGGAUGUCUGA